CAAGUGCGUCAAAAAGUGCGUGCGGUUCGCUCCAAUACAAGUUAACAUGAGAAAUAUCAGACAGUCUCGUGAGCCGCGCGUCUACAGCAGCAGAGGCUUCGAGUAAACUGUAUAGAGAGAAUACCAGCUGCAGUUUGAUAGUAGGUCAGAAAACCCCUCCAAGCAAUAAGGAUCUUGUGAUUCCUGUCCAAAAUACACAAUCAUAAAGACACGCCCUUUUCUGUGGCUGUCUGGAGACGUGGCGCAGGAAAUGGAGGGUAUGCCGUUGAGCAUGGGCAACUUGCGGACGCUGCCGUGGUACGUGGCGGGCUCUCAGGUGCUUGGGGUGGCUUGUGUGGUGAUCACAGGUGUGUGGAUGGGACAUUACAGAGGAGGCUACGCCUGGGAUGGCUCAGCACAGUUUAACGUACACCCUCUCUGUAUGGUCCUCGGUCUGGUCUUCCUCUAUGGAGAUGCUGUUCUGGUUUAUCGUGUCUUUAGAAACGAGACUAAGCGUACAGUGAAAAUUCUCCACGCUCUGCUGCAUAUGAUUGCCCUUGUCAUCAGUAUUGUGGGUCUGGUGGCUGUAUUUGACUUCCAUUCGUCAGCUAAGAUCUCUCACAUGUAUUCUCUGCACAGCUGGUGUGGUAUGCUCACUUUUGUGCUGUUUAUCCUACAGUGGUUGCUGGGACUGGGAUUUUUCCUUUUCCCAUGGGCCUCUGCUCAGUUGAGGAGCUGGUAUCUCCCACUGCACGUCUUCUUCGGCCUGUUGCUGCUGGCCAUGUCUGUGGGAUCCUGUCUGCUGGGAAUAACAGAGAAACUGCUCUUCAGUAUCAUGGAAACUUACCCCAGGUUUACUAGUGAGGGGGUCCUGGCGAACACUUUAGGCUUGUUGCUGGUGUGCUUUGGGGUCGUGGUGGGUUAUGUGGUGACGAGAGAAGAUUUUAGGCGACCGCCGAAUCCCGAGGAGGAGGCUCUCUCUGUGCACUUUAAGACCCUGUCAGAAGGAGAAAUCCCCAGUUCUCCCUAAUGUCUCAAUACACUCCAAAACUGCCUUUCUGCCUUCCUACUUGUGUCCUAGCAAACCUGUCAGCCAGUUCCUCCCUUUGCAGUUUCCCCCAUCCUUAGCAUUAAAGUUACUCAGCAACAGUUAUUACCAAGUUGUUAUGACAGGAUUAAAUUGUAGGCUUGUAGGCUACAGAAAACUUAUGUUCUUGUUAUUAUUGGAGUAAUUAAAUGUUGUAU